AUGGGUUGUAUCCUCGGACUACUUGGCUGUUGUUUUGGUUCAGCAACUUGUAAUAUUUGUUGUGCUUGUUGUCCAUCGGCACAUCAUUCUUUUACAUCGCGUUUAGCGUAUGGAAGUCUUUUAUUUUUUGGUACGAUUGUUUCAUGGGCAUUCUCGACGCCGUAUCUCGCCGAACAGUUGUCGAAGAUUCCAGCUUUAUGCCACGGUGAAACGUUAGCUGAUAUAGAAAUCUUCCCAGGACAAAUACCAUGUGGCAAGAUUGUUGGCUAUUCAAGUAUUUAUCGGAUUCAAUUUUCUUUAGCAUGUUUUUUCUUUACAAUGAUGUUAAUCAUGUUGUGCGUCAAACGAUCAGAAGAUCCGCGAAGCGCAAUACAGACUGGAUUUUGGUUUUUUAAAAUUCUAAUUAUUAUCGGUAUUAGUGUUGGAACGUUUUUUAUACCCAAUGAAGAAUUGAUACCAGCUUUAAUGAUUAUUGGAUGUUUAUGUGGUUUCGUUUUUAUAUUAAUUCAGCUUAUGCUCAUGGUUCAUUUCGUAGAAAAUUGGAAUAAAAGUUGGAUUGGCAAAGGUGAAGACGGAAGUAGAAAACAUUAUUGUGGCCUUGUAUUCUUUACAGCAUUCUGUUAUUCUCUUGCAAUCGCUUCGAUUAUACUUCUUUAUAUCUUUUAUGCGUCGGAAUCAUCAUGCAGUCUUAAUAUAAUUUUUAUCACAAUUAAUUUUCUGUUGUGCCUGAUUGUAUCAGUUAUAUCUGUUCUGCCGACAGUACAGAAUUAUCACCCAACAUCAGGUUUAUUGCAAUCAUCAUUUGUUACACUUUAUACCAUAUUUUUAACAUGGUCAGCAAUCGCAAAUCCAAUAUGUAAUUCAUCAUGGCAUGGAACAAUUAAGAAUAGCAACUCAACUGUUAUAAAUUCAACAGGAAAUGGUUCCGUUAGUGUGACAUCAUUUAUAGCAUUGAUUAUAUGCUUUGGCCUUCUUAUUUACUCUGCAAUGAUAAAUUCGGCGAAAUUAUCAAAUGAAAAAUUACUCGGCAUACCAAGUAGUGACGAAACUGAAAAUGCUGCUACUAAAAUUGAUGGCCGUAAACGUUAUGCUGAUGAAGAACAAUCAGUUGUCUAUAACUAUUCGCUAUUUCAUCUGAUGCUGGUUUUUGCUUCGUUCUAUAUUAUGAUGACACUAACAAAUUGGCUUAAACCAAUGAGCGAUUUUACUAGUUUUCAACAAAGUGAUUCCGUUGUUUGGAUAAAAAUAGUUGCAUCAUGGACAUGCAUUGGCCUUUAUUCAUGGGUUAUGAUUGCACCAUGUAUAUUUCGGCAUAGAGAUUUUUCAUAA